AUGGCUGAUUUUCACUACCAACAACCACUCCUUGGCUACCGAGAUGAUCCACACCAACAAACCCUCUGCACACAGGUUGUCAAGGCGGCCACCGCUGUCACUGCCGGUGGCUCCCUCCUUGUCCUUGCCGCCUUGAUCUUGACAGCAACUGUCAUUGCUCUCACCAUUGUCACUCCACUGUUUGUCAUUUUCAGUCCUGUUUUGGUUCCUGCAGUUAUCACUGUUGCCCUCCUCAGCCUAGGGUUCUUGGUCUCGGGAGGGUUCGGUGUGGCGGCUAUCACAGUGCUGGCGUGGAUCUACAGAUAUGUCACCGGGAAGCACAGCGUGCGUCACAAGCUCUUGAACAAGGCCCUUGAGAUCAAGGACUACGGACACCAGCAAAUCAGUGGUGGAUUGCAGACUUCUUAA